AUGACAAGAAUUCCAAUAAUUACACAAAAUUUUUCAUCUCCAGAUGGUUUUAAUGAUAUGCCGCUUAUGCUCUUACCUCAAGCAUCAACAUUACCAGUAUCCGAUAAAGACCAAGAAGGUUUUAGUCAGUUAUUAUUACAUGAUUUACAUCGACAUCGACGAACUUAUGUUCGAAAUUUUACAGCAUUUGAAACAAUAAAAAAACGGCAAGAUUUUAUACUACGUCAAGAAAAUCUUCGUUCAUUACUUAAUUUUGAACAACGUAUGACAGUAAAACAAGAUCAAUAUAUUGAUCAAACGUUUCAUUCAUAUGAACAAUGUUUUGUUAAAGUUAUUAAUGCAAAUUCAACCAACACAACUCGACCUAAUCAAGAACAACCAAAACGACCGCAGACCGCUGGACCAUCAUUUGGUAAAUUUCAUACUCAUCAGCUUUCUCACCAAUCAAAUACAACACAAGAAUCAACAGUAAUAAAACCAUUUCAACGUUAUCAAAAAACUCAUCGACCUUCAUUAACAUCCAAAUAUCGUUGUCAAUCAAGUGUUCAACACUCUGCACAAUCGUAUCACGAUGCAUUUCAAUCAUCAAGUUUUUCCACUCAAACUCAACCAUUUCUUUCGUUUACAGAGAAUUAUUUACAAAAAUAUGGUGAUCGUUCCAUAAAUAAAUUGCAAACGAAGACAAAUACUAAUGGUGUACAAGAAAUUAAAGAAAAAAAUGACGAUGAUAACGAUGAUGAUGAUGAUGAACACAUGCAUUCAACUUUGUUAGAACUUAAUCCGAAAUUCAAUCAAAAUAAAAGACAAAAUCAAAAGUCGAGGACACCAGAUUUACAACAUGUCCGAACAAAUGUAUCAUCACGUAAUACAAAUACACCUUCAUCAACACCUCAAACUGGUUAUCACGAUGCUCUACGAGAUGGCUUAACAAUAGUCAAAGACGACGAUGAUCAUAGUCAUAAAAUGUCUGUAAACAAUGAAAAACGUCGUUCAUCACAACAAUCAACAAGUCAAACAAGUCAUGGUGAUAAUCGAACAAGUAUAAAACGACCAAAAACUGCUAAGAAAAAACAUUUGACUGUUGAUUUGACAUCUGAAAAGAGAAAAGAUUCGUUAACAAAUAAAAAUAUUGACGAUGAUCUAUUUACAAAAGUGAUGAUAGUUCAAAAUUAUGGAUCUAAUAAUAAUACUGAUCUCAAUCCUAUGGAUCGCCUUCAAAUACAAACAAGUAUACCGACGAAAAGAAUUUCUUUUGACGUACGCCGUUCAUCUACAAAAUCUAAUGACAGUAAUCAAGAUACGCUGAAAUCUCUUGAUAAUAUUGAUACACAAAUAACUUCGAAAAACGUAUCAGCGCCAACUCCAGAACCAGUACAAACAACAAUCGGUAAUCAUACAGAUCAAACUGUUGAACCUGUUACCGACAAUAUAGUAAUCAUAGAUAAUAUGCAACCUGUACAAGAUCAAUCAAUUGAACAAAAACCAGUGUUAGAAUUCGUCGAUAAUCGUAAACGUGUAAGAAAAAGUGCAUUCGAUCCGGGUGAAACAAUGAGUGAUAUGAUGGGUUUCGAAUUAGGAAUGAUGGGUAGUAGUCGCAGUGCAAUUAGAAAAUCGAAAACUAGUUCCGGAAAAGAAAAUCGUCAAACUGGAGACGGGCCAGAUGUAAUUCUUGAAAAUCAAGAAACACUUGAUUUAUUAGAAAAAAUUCGACAAAGUUCUAAUACUGUAUCAGUUGGUCAACUGGUUGCAUCACAACAAGGUUGUCGUUUUGAAUUGCCAUAUGAUUUGAAAUUACUCGAAACUUUAACACCCCUCGAUUAUCUUAGUAAAUAUUGUCGAUUAUCAACACGGCGAAAUUAUCAAUUUAAACGCAUAUUUGAUAAAUAUCGUAAUAAUCACUAUCGUUUUGAAUCAAGUAAUUUAUUUGCAUCAAUCGGUGAGCUACAUCGAGACAAUUUUACACGUUCACAAUUCGAAUGUUUAUGUCAAUUAAUUGAUCUUGGUACUGAACAACAUCAAUUUGCGUACGAUACAUUUUCGGGAAUAUUAGCAUUGUGUGAACGAAUUUUAUGUGAGACAAAACGAACUACUACUGGUCUUGAUGAACAAGAUUUAGCAAAGGAUACGUUAGAAAAGUGUGAUUUCGAUAGUUUAGAUCGAAAACUUGAUGGACUCACGAUUAGCGCAACAAUGAAAAAAUUACUCACAACACUGUAA